AAAUUGGAUGGGCUGAACCAACAGCUAAAUAAAUACAAACUCGACACCGAGAGUUGAAUUUGUCUUCCAAAAAAGAAAAAAAGAAACUUUUCCCUCGUCUGUAUAUCAAUAAAGUAUCAAAUUUAUGGUAGACACUUAGAUCUCCCCCAUUUUUUAGUUCUCUCAAGCUUUUAAUGGUGAAAUAAACCAAGAUCUGAAGGAGACUGGCUGGUUGAAUUUUAUUACCCGCUAAUCUGCUCUCAACUCAACAGUCAACUCUUCCUCUCAGAACGCUAAUCAAAGGUUCUUCAUGCUCCACAAAGUCUUGAUUUGGGAUUUCACCAAAGCAUCAUGAAUUACCUAGUUGGAGCUUUCAAGCCGCCGUGUAAUAUUUUCAUUUCAUUUGCAGAUGGAAGAAGCCGUAAGCAGGUUCCACUAAAGAAGGAAAAUGGGAAAACAGUUAUGGUUGCUCUCUUCCAGAGCCAAGAAAGUAUUGUAGGAGAGGUUGUUAUAGAACCAGUACAUAGGAAGAAGGUCGAACAUAAUGGAGUAAAAAUUGAGCUCCUUGGUCAAAUAGAAUUAUAUUUUGAUAGAGGCAACUUCUAUGAUUUUACCUCCCUUGUGCGCGAACUAGAUAUUCCUGGUGAAUUGUACGAAAGAAAAACAUAUCCAUUUGAAUUUUCUACGGUGGAGAUGCCAUAUGAGUCUUAUAAUGGAGUCAAUGUUAGGCUUAGGUAUAUACUGAAAGUGACAAUCAGUAGAAACUAUGUCGGCAACAUUGUGGAGUACCAAGAAUUUGUGGUUCGCAACUAUACUCCCCCUCCAUCAAUCAAUAACAGUAUCAAGUGGCUUUUGCUUCUCUUAGUGCUCCAAUACAAUUACAUGUAUUCUCUUUUUGAACACGUGUCUCAAGCGGAACUUGGGUCAUUCUUAUACAGUCCUUCUCAAGCAGAUGAUCCAAUGGAAGUCGGGAUUGAGGAUUGUCUACAUAUUGAAUUUGAGUACAGUAAAAGCAAGCAUCAUUUGAAGGAUGUCAUUAUCGGCAAAAUUUAUUUUCUUCUUGUUAGAAUUAAGUUAAAAAAUAUGGACCUUGAGAUCAGGCGUCGAGAGUCCACUGGAUCAGGGCCUAAUACAUAUGUUGAGACAGAGACCCUUGCAAAAUUUGAGUUGAUGGAUGGUGCUCCUGUAAGAGGGUGGUUUAAAGAUUCUUGUAAUCCUGGUCCGGCUCAUGGUGAUAGUGGCGAAUCCAUUCCUAUCAGACUCUUUUUAAGUCCAUAUGAACUGACACCGACAUAUCAGAACAUCAACAAUAAAUUCAGUGUGAAAUACUAUUUGAAUCUUGUUCUAGUGGACGAAGAAGAUCGCCGGUACUUCAAACAGCAAGAAAUCACCAUGUACCGGCUUCUUGAAACUUCAUAGUUUUGCUCCCAAGCUGGAUGAGUUCCUUUCUGGAUGUCCAAUAUGUCGGCCAGCUGAUACUUUGGAGUUCAUUUAUUCAUCAAAAAACCUAUGGAAUGACAAAUGAUUAGGAAUCCAGGUUCCAUCGUUGCCUAUGACUUCCUUAUUCAGUUGCUCAGAAAUUUAGCUUUGCAUAUUGAGGUCUCUCCCUCUAUUAGAAGUCUAAAUUUUUUAUUUUUAAACUUUUUUGAAUUAUUUAUAUAUUUUUUACUUUUUUAAUCAGUGUAAUAUACAUAAUAUUUUUUUAAAAAAAAGUUGAUAGCCUUGAUUUUU